AUGCCUCGCUUGCAGUCUCUCGUCCCGCUCCUGCGCCCAUUGGCCGCCCCAAGAGCCAUCGCAUGCCGGCAGCACUUCCGCUUCUCUACAGCGGCAAGAUGGCAGGCUGAGCAACCCCCGCCAGACUCCAAGCCCAUCGUACAGCCUUCCCUCCCACCCAACGCUUCUUCUCAACACCCGACAUCCCCCCAAGAAGCUCAACGCGCCGCCGACCUUGCCGCAGCAGAGUCUCUCACCGAAGGCGACAGCGCGCAACCACCCGAGCAGAAGCCGACACUGCCCUCCAAGCACCCCCGGUCCGACAACAAGCCAGAACAGACACCCUCGCAAGCGAAGCCCGCAAAGGCCGAUGACGUCGCGCCCAAGCCCUCGACCGCGCCCUCAGACACAGCCGACACAACAUCGACGCUCCAGAAGAAGGUCGCCAAGAAGCCAAAGACACCGCGUGCCCCCAAACUAUCCCUACCACCGCCCAAGUACGCUGUCUCGAGAUCUGCGAACAAGAACCUGCCCAUCUACACCGACUACAAGCGAGGAGGCAACUUGCAUCUGACGACGGUACGAAAGGUCACCGGCGACCUAUCUGCUUUGAGGGACGAGCUGAGAGUCUUCUUGAACAAGAAGAACGAAGACGUCAAGAUCAACAGCGUAACACAACAUGUCAUUGUCAAGGGGCAUCACACUGCCGAGAUUGCUACAUUCCUGAAGGCGCGGGGCAUGUAA